CAUCCAAAUGAAAAGAACGCCAGUUCCCCCCCCCCCCCCCCGCACUAAUCCUUGUCUAUCCUUUUUAUCUGGGGACUCAAAGGCAGUCUGAUCACUAUGGGACAGCGGAGUGGUGGAGAGAAGCCAUGCGGAUGAUAUUCCCGUAGAUGAGAGAGGGGCCAAAAGUUGGUUGCAAAAAGUUGUGCAAAUGCAUGUUGGGCGCGCUGCGUAAAAGUGGGCCAAAAAUGUUCCUCGUCCUAGUCGUGGGGCUCUACGCGGCCACGGGUGGUCUUUUCUCCCCGGUGAGCGGCUGCCCGUCCCAGUGCAGCUGUUUUUACCACAACCUGAGUGACGGCUCCAAGGCCAGGAGUGUGAUAUGCAAUGACCCCGAGAUCUCGCUUGUGCCUGUCGGCUUCCCGGUGGACACGUCCAAGCUCCGCAUCGAGAAGACAGCCAUCCAGCGGAUACCGAGUGAAGCCUUCAACUACCUCUCGGGUCUGGAGUUCUUGUGGAUGUCCUUCAACGCGCUGUCCGUGCUGGGCGCCGACAGCUUCCGCGGACUCUUCAACCUGGAGGAGCUGCGCCUGGACGGCAACGCGCUCGCCGCCUUCCCCUGGGAGUCACUCGGCGACAUGCCCAGUCUGAGACUUCUGGACUUACACAACAACCAGCUCACCUCGCUUCCCGCGGAGGCCACCACACACAUCAGAAACCUCACCUACCUUGACCUGUCCAGCAACAGUUUGCUAACGCUGCCCGUCGCCGUGCUGGGCAACUGGCUGGCGGCCAAACCCGCCCAAGGACCCGAGAGCUCCAAAAUGAUCUUGGGUCUCCAUGACAACCCGUGGGCGUGCGACUGUCGCCUGUAUGACCUGGUCCAGUUCCAGAAGUCUCCCACUCUGGCCGUGGCGUUCAUCGACACCAGGCUUCGUUGCUCGGCCCCCGAGAGCGUGUCGGGCGUUCUGUUUAGCGACACCGAGCUGCGACGCUGUCAGCCCCCACAAAUCCACACAGCCGUGGCACGGGUCCGAAGCGCCGUUGGGAAUAACGUGCUACUCCGGUGCGGGACGAUCGGGGUGCCCAUUCCUGAUCUGACGUGGCGGAGGGUGGAUAAGCGAGUCCUGAAUGGAACGGUCCAGCAGGAAACGUCCAAAGAUGGAAUCACCUGGUCCAUCCUCAGUGUUCCAGCCGUGUCCUAUCGCGAUUCCGGGAAAUAUAUGUGCAAAGCGACAAACUACGCUGGGAACGCCGAAGCGGUCAUUUCCUUAGUGGUAUCGAAUUCUCCGAAACUUGAGGGCAAUCAAACCAGCAACGAGAAGAAAGCCAAAGUAAAAAAAUCCAACCCGGUUGGAAAAGCAGCCUACCAGGAGAAACUGGUGGCCCGAUACGUGGUGCCAACCUCCACCCCUACAUCCCCACCUCCGGUCCUGGAUCCUGGCCUUCCACCUGAAAUCCCUGACCCCAGUUUGGACAGUCCCAGUCCUUCCCCUGAUCCGGCCGCGUCGUCUAAUGCGGACACGUUGCUGGAUCUGGAGAAGACCAACCUCAGCAACUUGGCUGCAAACACCUCGUCUCUGCAGCAGGACCCGGAUCGGGUGGUCCGCUCAGUGAAGGUCGUGGGGGACACGGACAAUACAAUCUCCCUCAACUGGAGAGCUCCCAAGGCCAAGAACACGACCGCCUUCAGUAUACUGUACGCCGUCUUUGGCGAGAGAGACAUGAGGAAGAUCAACGUGGGGGCAGGCCAGAACAGAGUGACCAUCGAAGGUCUGGUGCCCAGGACCAAGUACAUCGCCUGCGUGUGCGUGAGGGGGCUCAUCCCCAAAAAGGAACAGUGCGUCAUCUUCUCCACAGACGAGGCGGCCAGCGCGACCGGUACCCAGAAACUGAUCAAUGUGAUCGUGAUCACGGUUGCUUGCAUCAUCGCCGUGCCCCUCACCGUCAUCGUCUGUUGCGGGGCCCUGAAGAGACGCAUCCAGAAGUACUGGGGUAAAAAAUCCAAGGACAUCCAAGAUUCCUACGUGACCUUUGAGACAUUGUCACCCGGGACCAAAGCCAAAGGACUGGAAGGGGAAUACUUGAACAGACUUAACCCAGAAGAGUCCAACAGGCUGCUUUCAGCCCGCUCCAGCCUGGACUCCGAGGCCACGGCUAAAAUCGAAGGACAGCCUAACGAGUACUUCUGCUGACGUCAUGCUCCAGCUCCGGCUCCUCCGCCGCGUCACCUUCCUCGCGCUCAUCAUCCUCCUCCUCCUCCACCGUGUCCCAGUCCCAACCACCACGUGCAUCCUCCCCCGCAGCCUCACUUCCACCCGUAUCCGUAUCCACAGCACCCCCCGUACGCUCACGCCCGGCCGCAUCCUGACGUGAGCCCCCCCGCCGGCCACCCUCCACACAUGCCCUGGGAUUCCUCCCCUCCCGUGCCUCCUCGCUGGAUCACGCCACCAACUCCGCCUCCACCCCGAGCCAAUUUCUAUCAAAGGACCUUUGCACGCUGCACCAUCAUGGAAAUAUCCGUAUAGGGGGAUUGCAGUGAUUCAACCCAAAAGGGAAAACCCCCCUAAAACGAUAAAUACUCCAUUGUCAAUAUGUAUGUGUAUGAUUUGUAAAUACUUUUAUGGACAGUGUACACUUACAUAAACGGUCAAGUCUGUGCCUCUGCAUAUAUCCGUCAUACGUUCUCAGAGGAGAUUUCUAAAUCUAUAUGUACACACGCAUGCAUGGUGAGCGUCGACAAGCUGGAGCUGGAGACAAGCGCAGAAAGGACUGAACUAUGACGCCGUGUAAAUAAAGACGUGGGACUAUUUCUGUUCCCCAGCGCUUCUUUCCGUUGUAUUUGUUUUUUGCGCCACCAAGAGGCAUCCGCCACCCCAGUAGCUGUAGUCAUUUAUUCCAUUCAGGAUUUAAAUAGAGCGAAAUAAACUUUUCUAUGACUACAGACA